AUGCCAACGUGUGCAGCGUGUGAGCGUUCAAACAUCGAGUGUUUGUAUACCGCGAAUUCGGAACAGCGUCGCCCGGUGCACAGACAAUAUGUGGCAUCGUUAGAAGCUCGGAUCUCUUUAUUAGAAAAAAUCCUGAAAGACGCAGAAGCAAGUGAUACUACCGACUCUUCCGAUGCAGGUGUAUCACUACCCGACGAGAAUGACUUCCAAUCUCAGUCUCUCACAGCAACUUCGGGCUCCUCUUUGCCCCCAUCACCAUCCACAAAGAUUGCCCCCGAGUCCCAAUUGACAUUAAUUGACGACCCUGGCGAUAUCUUGAAAUCCACACUCGAUCCGACUACACCGUUAAACUCUGAAGAACCGGACCUAGGAAUGUCCGGGUACGAGAUUAUCCUCAGCCUGGAACACGAGCACAAGCUCCUAGCUCAAUUCUGGGACUGGCAACGAAUGCAUCAUCCUUAUGUUGUACCUGUCCCAUUCCUCUCCGCCUACGCUGUCCACUCCGAACUCGCCCCCCGGGGGAGCCAAUACCUCCGCCACCUCCACCUCUACCCAACUCCCCUUUUUUCGGGGGAUCCGGGAACAGGCACAUUAUUCUACCAACAUGCGAGAGAGACACUUUUACGAGAAGCUGCCAAUCCAAAGGUGGCUACUAUUCAGGCGGUGUGUCUUAUGACGACUUGGGAGCUUGGACAUGCGAGGUCUCCAGCUGCGUGGGCUCUGUUUGGUGUUGCAUUAUCACUAUGCAUUAGACUUGGGCUUAACGUUGACGCCACGCCACUCCUCCAGAGCGGCGAGAUCUCCCAACGGUUGUAUGAAACCCGGAACUUUGUGUUCUGGGGCACGUUUUACACCGAUAGGUUUCUCUCCAUAUGCAUGGGAAUGCGACCACUCAUAGACUACCAAAUAAUAAGCACUCCAACUCACUCUUCGCCUACUGGCGAGUCUAAGCUAUCUACAACUCAGCCGAGAGAACUAAUAGAAGAAAUCUAUGGGCCGUGGUGGUCCCCUUGUACAUCCGGAAUGGGAAAUGUUCUCGUCCAAGCUAUUUGGGAUACGUGUGGGGAACUAACCAAGUUGAUGGACAGCUUAUUUGAUAGCGUGUAUAAUAUAGGCGCAUCGACCCGUACGCCUCGGGAGAUCCUGCAACUCGUUGAUCGAAACCACUUGGCCGUUCAAAAGUUUAUUGAAGAUCUCCCCACAUGGCUACGUACAACAGGGGUUAUCAAACGCAAAAAUAGCGGACUGGUAUAUCUCCAUUUAUUUAUCCACUUGACAAACAUACUUGUUAACCGCCCCUUUCUUUCGACACACCAUUCGAUCCAAACACCCUUAACGCGCCAAUACCGAACACUUGCGUUUCGAACUGCCCGUGCGUCAGCACUCCAAGUCUCGUCUCUGAUCCGACACAUCCCCCUCUCCUCGCCAUGCGUGACCAUACCCUAUAUCGUCUAUUCUGCAUGUACAAUUCUGCUCCUUACUCCCGAAGACUCAGUUGCAAUGGAUGGCGUUCGAACAAGCUUGGCAUGUCUGGAUGGGAUGGAUGAGACAGGGUACUGGGUAGAAAGUGCUAGGGAUGCAGCACGGAGAAUUAGAGCACUCGCGGAGAAGUGGGGGGUCGGGCUGGAAACUUCAAGACGGGUUUUAGGCCUAUUUGGGGGUAGGAAAGGGGAGAAAGUACACGGGGCUCCACCAAGCGAUAGCGCGCCGUCAACCUGUUCAAAUACCACGGCUGUACAUGCGCUUGUGGGCACUUUGCCUCAAAUUCCGGCACCUGGGCCACUCGAGAUACCAAGAGAUAGCGUAUCCCCGAAUGGGAACGCAUAUAUUCCAACUCUUGGUCAUAGUGACUUGGGCUUGACAGGAUAUGAGGACCCAUCCGUGCAUUUGCUUGAGACUAGGCUUGCUAAUACCCUGGACGCAGGGGUCAAUCAAGUGUUGAGCGAAGCUCACGAUUCCCAAGAUUACAGAAACGAAACUGUAGAUUUUCUGAACCUACCCACCUAUUUGCCUAUCGAAAAAAUGGCAGAUAGUGUGCAGGGUUUGGUAUUACCUAUCAGUCAGCCACUUGACUCGCAUUCGUCCAUCCACCAUCAAACAUUACUUGCUGGUACUGCCGAAUCAACCUAUCAUCGUCAUGUACGAAUGUUACGACCAACGCUUCCGCACGUAGCAUAUGCGAAUUCUCACGCGGAUCCACAACACGACAUGCAUCUUCCACAUUCGCACUGGCACACUAUUAUCCCAGCUGUCGAUUUGAAUAUUGUGUCACCUCCAGACCCGGGCAUGUGCACAGAUUUGGGGACGUGUUUCAACUAUACUGUCGAGCAUACACAGGAUCCAGCGUUUAUUGACUUGCUGGCAGAUCCGUUUAUGAAUGUCUCAAUGGAUUGGGUGAGGGAUAGUUCAUUGACUUCUUCAGGCCACACAGGUGCAGCAGAUCAGUUAGUCGGGAUGCUCGAUGGAUACGAAUUUGUAGGACAAACCGGAUUGGAUGUAUAA